GGCCACCACCAGUUAUCGGAUGACUAUCUAUCGCCUGCGCAUCAUAAUAAAAGUUAAAUUUACCUAAAUUUACGCAUUUCAAUUGCAAUUGAAUGAUGGAAGUUAUGAAAAACAAGAAGUUUUCCAUUGUAUUUCGCUGCACUGUGCCCAAAUGCUCGUAUUCGAGUAAACGGCUCUACAAUCUGCAGCGCCACGAAAAGACCCACAGCAAGGAGCACUGGCGCUCCAAAAGAUUUCCUUGCCCCUGUUGUGCAUACGCGGCAGCCACGCGUGCCCAUCUAAAGCGCCAUAUGAGCAAAAAGCAUCCGACGGAGGAUAUAAACAAACACACUAUUAAAGUUCUCGCCUACGAGGACUUCGAAAAGCCAGAUGAAGAGUUAAACCCGGAUCAAGAGUCAAUGGAAGAGUCAAUGGAGCAAAAACGACCAACGGAUCAGCCGAAACUAACGAAGGACAAGCUUGUGGAAAGUAAUCAGCAGCAGGAGAAGGAGCAAUUGAUUGUGGGACCAGUAACAGUGCUGCAAUUGGUGACGCCAUUGAGUCCGCAAGCGAAGCCCAGACCAGGCGAAAUGUAUUGCAAUGUCUCGCUGGAGGGCGAAGCCUUCCGCCUGAUUCCUGUGGAACUCUUGCCCGCAGAGGUGGUUAAACAGAACCUGUAACAUCACUGCACAUAGCGCAAGCCACCGAGCGAUCUUCACAUAUCUAUAUUCUGGCAACCGGAAUUGGAGGCAUUCAUAAUGAGGUGCAGCUGCAUUUAGUUGGAAAAAGCAAACACAACACAGGGCAAAGAUAUAUUCGGUCUACAAAUGAAUCACAACAGCGGAGCAAGUAAUAUUUAAUCGAAUGAAAUUAAUAUUAAAACGAACGAAUGAUUCAAUUCUUGAUUGAGAAAUAACUGAGCAGAGACACGUGGAAUGAGCAGGUGAAUAUAAAAAAUACAGAGAAUGGAAAAUAAGAAUCUGUGCAAUAGAUAGAUCCCGCUCUGCGUUGACCAUUUCUUCAAUCAAAGAACAUCUCAUGUAGACAUAAAUCGGAGCAGAGGCCAUGUAUUUUACUAAUCUGUGUGGGAUAGAGAGUACACAUCUUCCAACGAUCGAAAACAGUGGACAAAAAUGUUGUCAGCAAUAGAAAAUAUGUCAAUAAUAGUAAAUAAGUAUAUAUAAUUUAUAAGCAAG